CUCAGUCUGUGUUGUGACGUUCAGCCAGUUGGGUCGUUCUCGUAGGCGGGCACCAACACACGCGAAUAUUCUGCCAGCGGCAAUCAGGCGUGCGUUUUGCUUUCCUUUGCUUCGCUUCGUUUUGUCGUAUUUUUGGUGUCUUUUGUCUCGUGUCGCUCGCUGUGAAGACUGAAGACUUCGCGCUGCAAAAAACUACGACUGGAUACAAAGUCGGUCUUGAAUGCGUUUUCAAUUUCGUUUGUGAUAAUUCAAAGUGUGUGUGAGCGUGAGUGAGUGUUUGUGUUGUUCCCGGCUGUUGCUGAUUAUGCCUAUGCACUUGUCCGUCAUUCAGUCAGUCAGUCAGUCAGCCAGUUAGUCAGUCCGUGCUACUCCACUUUGUGUUUCCAUUUGUGUUUUUUUGCCUUUGUGCAUCUGCAGCCCGCGCAUCAUUUGCUUCUGUUUCCUUCUUUUUCAUUGCGUCGCAUCUUAUUUGUUGCUGCUUGAUUUCAGCUGACAGUCGUUGUCAACUGUUGUUGUUGAGUAAAAAGGCUUUUGUUUUAGUUGUUCGGCAAUAAAAUGCAUAAUUUAUGUAUGGCUCAAUGCCAAUGCCAAUGUCGAUGCGCAUGGACUGUGUCUGCGGUAAACCGAUCUCACUCACGAUCCACUGACCGCAAGGUGGCGUGAGUGUGUGCCUGAGUGUGUGUGCGUGUGUGUGCUGUAACUUCGCAUUGUCUGCAUUGAUUGCUAAUUUUGUGAAUUUGCAGCAGCGGUGAAGCAAAGUUCUUACAUUUAUUUAUACAAUAAAAGCAUAAAAUAAAAUCACAAAUAAUAAAAAGAGCAAAGUGAAGCCCAAGUGAACGAUAACGUCAUUCGCAUCCGCAUCCGUAUCUUUUCUGCGGACACAGAGAACGGCAAAGGCAAAGGCAAUAGCAAAAGCAACAGCUACAGCUGCAGCAAAGGCGCUUGACAGCGGAACGGAAUCGGAAUCUGAAUCGGAAGCAGAUGCCCAAAACUAUGCAGCAUUAGAGAUUGGCAAGUCAACACAGACAAGUGAACAUUUGGAAAUACACUCAACCGAAAUCACAUUCAUUCAUUCAACCAAGAGCUGAGGUUUUGAGAGUAUAAAAAUGCGAUCGCUGCUGCUUGUGCUUUGGCUGGCUGUGCUGCAUCUAAUUGCAGUGCUGGGCGCAUUGGAACCAGAAUUGGAUGAUAGCAAUGAAACGGACAAAUUCGGUGAACAUCGACUGACAGAUAUCAUAACCGACGAGCACUACCCGAGUAUAAAGUUCGGCGAGGGCGAAGAUGGUUUUCCCGCGUUCAAUUUUUUUUCCACGGCCGAUGUGAAAUCAUACUCCAAAGUGCUGUUACCCCAAAAGCUAGCAGAUUUUGCAAUACAAAACACCUAUAAGCUGAGCUCUCUAAAAGGUGGCUAUCUGUUCAGUGUGCUGAGAUCUAUGGAUGACAAAGUGGUGCAGUUGGGUGUGCACCUGUCGCCGGUUAUUAAGAACAGCUACAAUGUGACGCUCUUCUAUGCACAGCCCGACCAAAAGGACAAUGUUAAGAUUGCCAGCUAUCCGAUUGCCCAUGUGCCGGACAAAUGGAACUCGAUUGCAUUUCAGGUGUUCAGCGACAAUGUUGUGUUCUUCUAUGACUGCAAGGCCGUUAAUACGACGGCCAUAGUGAGAGAUCCCUUUGAAUUGAGCUUUGCCUCAUCGUCGGUGCUUUACAUUGCGCAAGCUGGCUCGCAACUAGGAGGAAAUUUCGAGGGAUUUUUACAAAACAUCUAUCUCUAUACCAAUCCCGAUGCCAUAACCAUGCAAUGCACAGCACCACCAAAGCCGACGGUCGCAUUGCAGCCGGAUUUGGACAAUGAAUUAACUCUCGAUUCGAAGUCGGAGUCGGAUGUUUUAUCAGAUACUGAAGUUGACACGAAUUCAACGACCGAUGAUUCAACAGCCGAUGAAAAUGAUCUUUCCAAUCCGGAUUUCUGGGCAGGGGCAACGGACAAUUACGACCCCAGUGACCUGCAGCCCCCCGGACAGACGGAAUAUAUGCUCGAGAGAUCACAUCGUGGCAUCAAGGGAGAGAAGGGUGAUCGAGGACCAAAGGGCGAUAGCAUACGCGGUCCACCUGGUCCUCCGGGUCCGCCAGGUCCCAAAGGUGAAACGCCUGUCUACCCACCCUUUGUGGAGACACCAAGUGCGGGGGCUAAAUACACUGGCGAAUGUACAUGUAAUGCGACUGAUAUCCUGGAGGCCAUCAAGGACAAUGAGACGCUACGUGAAACGUUGCGCGGCCCGCCCGGAACACAAGGACGAGAUGGAAAGACCGGAGCCCCUGGACUUACCGGUGCCACUGGUGUGACUGGCGCUCGUGGCCCGGAAGGUAUCCAGGGGGAGAAGGGCGAGCCAGGCGUCGACGGCAUGCCCGGCGUCAUGGGUCCGCCAGGACCACCGGGCGCGCCUGGCUUGCCGGAGAGCUAUGAUGAAUCCUUAAUGGGCAACUCGAUGGGCAGUCUGCGUAGCUCGACAGCAACGCAGGCGGGACCUAAAGGAACGACCGGCGAUAAAGGUGAGCCCGGACGUCCAGGAGAUCGCGGUGAAAAGGGUCACAAAGGUGCACACGGACCCACCGGACCCAAGGGCGAGCCCGGGGCCCCAGGCCUACCCGGAUUGGCCGGUCAGCCGGGCGAUGGCAACGGCACUAAAGGUGAGCGCGGCGAGAAGGGCGAGAAAGGGAUGCGUGGACGACGCGGCGGCACUGGCGCAGCUGGACCAAUUGGACCACCCGGCAAACCCGGACCCACCGGUGAUAUUGGACACUCGGGACGUCCUGGUGCAACUGGACCCAAGGGCGACGCCGGUCUCAAAGGCGCCAAGGGCGAUGCAGGCGGGCGCGAGGGGGCAAAGGGCGAGAAAGGCGACCGAGGUAGCGAUGGUCGCGAUGGUCUGCCAGGUCCACCUGGACUGCCGGCCACAGCUGGAGCCGGCGAUGGCGACAGUGGCGGUGUGCAGUACAUACCGAUGCCUGGUCCACCGGGACCCCCUGGACCGCCAGGCUUGCCAGGUCUGUCGAUCACUGGACCUAAAGGCGAAGCUGGUAUGGACUCGCGUGGCAGUUUCUUUGGAGAUGCUUCCUACUACGGACGACCAGGUGCGCGCUCAUCUUUAGACGAACUUAAAGCCCUGCGUGAGCUGCAAGAUCUGCGCGAUCGACCCGAUGGCACAGCUGAGCCACCUAGCCAGAAGGCGCAUUCGCAUAAGCAUGGAGACUCCAUGGGAGAGGGCGAGGAGUUGCCACAUCUUUCCGCAUCAUCAUCGAACAUGAACAUGAGAAUCGUGCCAGGUGCAGUCACCUUCCAGAACAUUGACGAAAUGACAAAGAAAUCGGCGUUCAGUCCACCGGGUACUCUAGCGUAUAUUACCGAAGAGGAGGCGAUGUUGGUGCGCGUCAACAAGGGCUGGCAAUACAUAGCGCUGGGCACUCUGGUGCCAAUUGCAACGCCAGCUCCGCCCACCACAGUGGCGCCUUCACUGCGAUUUGAUUUGCAAUCGAAAAACCUGCUGAAUAGUCCACCUCCAUUGCUCAACACACCAACGUGGUACCCGCGCAUGCUUCGCGUGGCGGCCCUCAAUGAGCCCUAUGUUGGGGAUUUGCAGGGCAUUCGAGGCGCGGACUUUGCCUGCUAUCGCCAAGGCCGACGAGCUGGCCUGCUGGGAACAUUUAAGGCGUUCCUCUCCUCCAGGGUACAAAACCUGGACUCCAUAGUGCGACCUGCCGACCGGGAUCUGCCUGUGGUGAAUACCCGCGGCGAUGUGCUCUUCAACUCCUGGAAGGGCAUCUUCAAUGGCCAGGGUGGAUUCUUCUCGCAGGCGCCGCGGAUUUACAGCUUCAGCGGCAAGAAUGUCCUCACGGAUCCACUAUGGCCGCUUCGACUGGUCUGGCAUGGCUCGCUGCCGAAUGGAGAGCGCUCCAUGGACACCUAUUGCGAUGCCUGGCACUCGGGCUCGCACGAGAAGUUCGGCUAUGCCAGCAAUUUGCUGGGCAACAAGCUGCUCGAUCAGGAGCGUCAGCCUUGCGAUGGAAAACUGAUUGUGCUGUGCGUGGAAGCCUUGUCACAGGAUCGUCGGAAAAAGCGUGACCUCAGCAGUCCACAUAGUCACAGUCACAGUCGCAGUCGGCACAGCGAGCUGGAGUUCAGCACGGCCGAGGAGUAUGGUGAAUAUUUAGACAAUUUACUGCUGUAAGAUGAGCAGCGGCAAGGGGCAACGGGGGAACAACAGGAAGCAGUAGCGGUAACUGAAACUGAAACUGUAGCGAGAACGCUCGUAAUAUAAAUACCAACAAUACCAAUACCAAUAUCAUUACAACCGACACAGUCUCAUAAACACUCACUCGCAAAAGUAUACCGCCACCCAUACACACAUAUACAUACUUACACAUACACAUACACAUACACAUACACAUACACGGAGCGAACAUUACAUUAAAUGUAAACGUAAAUCAUGGCCAUGCAUAUAAUCAGCGAAUUCCAAACUAAAACCAAAAAAUACUCAAGUAAGCGACGCGACGAUUGGGACGGAUUAACAAUUGCAUAGUGAAAUACGAGUACAUAACAUACUCAUAAAUACUUAUGGAUAAUAUAUAUAUAUAUAUAGGAUGAUAAUAUAUACACAUACUUAUAAAUAUUAUUUGUAUUCUGUAAUUUGUAUUAUGUCAUUUGUAAUUUAUAACUUGUAAUUUGUAAUAUUCUUAUGUUCAGCAGACAGGCAACAACAAAAUGAACUUUUUGUAUUCGUAGUUAUAGCCAAUAAAGUAAGCUAAUUUUGUAAUUUAGUCACAGCGAAGGCGAAGGCCCUUUUAGGUUAGUCUCGAUAAGAAAACAAAAACUACAACAACAACAAGAAUACUAUCAAUAUUGAGAGGCCAAGCGAACCAAAAAAAAAAAACAACAUAAAACGAAAAAUACUAAAAUAAAAACUGGAAA